UAGCCUAACCCAAGAGUGUGGACCCCCAGCCUCAUCCUCCCUCAGACCCAGGAAUCUGAGCCCCCUUUCCCUCCUCUAUUAGGGUCCAGAGAUCAGGCUCCCAGUGCCCUCCUCCCUCAGACCCAGGAGUGCAGGUCCUCGGUCCUCUGCUCUGUUACGACCCAGGGGUUCUGGGCCACAUCCACCUCCUUCAGGAACCACGGCUUCUCAGUUCCCAGCCUUCUCCCUUCCCAAUUUGGAGGUGGGGUGAGGUAUGUUUAUUUACUUUGAUUCCAGCAUGAGUCACCCCCAAAACACACUGCCCCCCCCCCAUGUGCCCAGUGGCCCUGAAUGGGAAGAAAAUGCUCCCUCUCCCAGGGAAAUGGGGACCUCACUAAGGAUGCUGGGAGAGGCCUGGAAGGGGAAUCCACUCUCUCUCACACCAGUAGCCUUUCUCCUCUCCCCCUGUCCCUUCCCUGUAAAUGGCUGUGGUGGUCCUGCCUCCACCUACCUGCUCCUCCCCUUCCCAUCCUUGUGUCUCUCUUUUCUGAAUCUCUCUCUCCCUUUCUUGUUAAUUCUCCCCAGAUCUCUGUGGCUCAGCAUUCUUUCUGCAUCUCUCUCAUCUCUUUAUCUCUCUCUCCCAUCUUGGCCCCCCCCCCUUGUGUCUCUCUGUCCCCCAUUCCUAUCCCAUCUCUCUCCUUCUUUUGGUCUCUGUGCUUUGACCCAGCUGUGCCCCUUGUACCUUCUCUCUCCCUUCUCCCCCCCAUCUCUCUGUCUCUCUCUACCCACUCCCCUUUCUAUCUCCAGUGUCUCAUCCCUGGAUCCUCUACCCCAUGAUUUCCUCAGUCCUGUGAGACAGCGAGGCAGGAGGGGAGGUAGGGGGUUGGGGGAUGGAAAGGGAGGGAGGGGAAGUCCCAGUUCGGGGAAGACUGGCUUGGCUCCCUGGGCAGCUCUGUCAGAGCUCCACCCAGGGCCCCAUGGCCUGCCCAAUAUAAGUAGCUCCUGGCCGAGACUGAGAACUCAGUGCCGGUGUCACCCACAUCUCUGUCUCCAUCAUCACCAUCGCAGUCCUGCAGUUCCCUUCCCCUUGAGAAUCCAGCCCCAAGCGUCCGUGCCCCUUGCCCUCCCUUCCCCUAGUAUCCAGCAUCCCUUGGACUCUGCUGCUCUCUCUGCUGUCACCGCUGCCACCUCUGCCAUCCCCAACGCCACCUCCUCAGGGCCAGCAAGAUGCAGUUUGAGAUGCGAGACAACGUGAAAGGCAAAGCCAUGUCCUACCCAGUGACCAGCCAGCCCCAAUGUGCCAGCAGCAGCUACCAGACCCAGCUCAGUGACUGGCACACCGGUCUCACAGACUGCUGCAACGACAUGCCCAUCUGUCUUUGCGGCACCUUCGCCCCUCUGUGCCUCGCCUGCCGCAUCUCCGACGACUUCGGCGAGUGCUGCUGCGCGCCCUACCUGCCCGGAGGCUUGCACUCCAUCCGCACCGGCAUGCGCGAGCGCUACCACAUCCAGGGCUCUGUCGGGCACGACUGGGCGGCCCUCACCUUUUGCUUGCCCUGCGCCCUCUGUCAGAUGGCGCGGGAACUGAAGAUUCGAGAGUAAAAAAGUUCUCUCCCUUCUCCUUUUCCACCUGUCACGCCUGGCCACCACUGCCCGCUCCUGGGAGGACCUGCCCCUCCCCCAUAUCAGGCCACCAGAAAUACACCCGCAAUAAAAACUUGAAAACCAA